CUCUCCCUCCUCAUUCACCGCCAAACCCUAGCCGGCCGACCCAUCUCCUGCCUCAUCAACAACCCCUUUCUUCCAUGGGCUCUCGACGUCGCCGAACAUUUCGGAAUCCCGGCCGCCGUUUUAUGGGUCCAGUCCUGCGCCGUCUUCUCCACCUACUACCAUUACCACCACAAACCCUCGGAUUUCCCGUCGGAAGGAAACCCUGAUGUCACGGUGAGUCUACCGGGCCUCCCGCCCAUGCGGCCCGACGACCUGCCCACAUUUCUCCUCCCUUCGAACCCAUAUAAGCCUCUUAAAAAUGUCAUUUUGGGCCAGUUCAAGAACAUCUCGAAGGCCCGAUGGGUUUUCGCCAACUCCUUCGAGGCGUUGGAGAGCGAUGCUUUCAAGGCUAUUGAGGGGAUAUCGCCGGUGAUACCUGUGGGGCCGCUGGUUGAGUCUGGUGAGCCGCAGGAGGAGAUUAAGGCCGAUUUGUGGAAGGCAGCGGAUGGCUGUAUUGGGUGGCUUGAUAGGCAGGAGAAGAGAUCUGUCGUGUAUGUAUCGAUGGGGAGCAUAGUUAUGUUGAGUUCGGAUGAGAUGCAUGAGCUCGCUUUUGGGCUUAAGAACUCCGGCUGGCCUUUUCUUUGGGUG